AUGGCUCUCCUCCCGGCUUGCCGCAUAGCUUCCGCUGCCAGUGCACCAUCCUCACGGGCCCUCACCGCUAUAUACACCUUCUGGCACACCGGGAAGUUGGACUCGACGUCCAACCCCCGGUACGAAUACGACCCCUGGUUGCUGGAUGAUCAUCCGCUCCGCACCCAUCCCACCGAAUGUAUUCCGGGACUGGGCACUUUUCUUGCCGAAUGGUUGGUAUCAACUCAAAAGCGCUGGAAAGAGACAUUAAUUCGCGCCACGUGCCUGAUCUUGGCAUGCUUGGCGACAUUCCAAUGUCUGCGUGCGCUCCCUCCCACUAAGGCCCUGUCGCGCCCUGCAAUGGUGUCGCGGCUAAGCCACCGCAAUUUGCAAAAUAUCUGCACCUUCCCCCACUCCGACCCCAGACCCAACGCCCUUGCGCAAUCCGUUGCUGCCGGAUGCGAAGGCUUCCGUACCGACAUUUGGAUGCACAACAACGAGCUGCAAAUGGGUGUAUCCGGCCACGAUCCCCUAAAUGACUUGCACGUUCAAUUCGGCUCGCUCCCUAGACGCCCAGAAUCCAAUGCGCCUUCGCCCGAUUCCCAGAUCCCUAUGAUCCCAGAGACGUCGAGUAUGGCCGCCGACCAUCCAUUCAUGCUCAUCCUAGAUGCUAAAUCCCCGCUCGAUAACUUGUGCCCUGUACUCGAGUUGCGCCUUGAUACUCUACGUCGGCUUGGUCGUUUAACUCACUGGGAUGGUGCCGAAUUGAUCCCGGGCGCAGUAACUGUGGUGGUAACGGGCGAGUUAAUGCCCAGCACGGACUGUGUGAACCACCCCUAUUCGGAUCUUUUCUGGAUCGCGAAAGGAGACAUUUCCAGUGACGAUUUCAUGAAUGGCCAUCUAACACCGAUUUGCGUAUGA